AACUCUGGGUGCAAGGCCACUUAAAAAGUGUAACCGAUUUGUGAUUAUCUUUAGAUCUAGAUUGAAACGUAAGAAGAGUUGUCAUGGAGAGGUGUGUUGUGAAUGGCAAUAUGCAGUAUGAAAAGUGACUUGUGGCAAUCAUUGUAGAACUGCACCACACACCUUAAUUGGGCUUAAUUAAGUUUUUGUGCAAUAAUUCAUCAAUCUAAAGCUAUGGAAAACACAAAUGACACUAAUGGUAUAGUUUGGGAGAGUUUAAUUAUGGUUAAACAGGAAUUGUGUGACGACAUCAUAACAUUUAUGGACAUGAAAUCAGAUGAAACAUCAGCUAUUUCAAGUUCAGAAGGAGUACAAACAAAUAUAUCAACACUCUUUUCAAAUUCUGAAGAUAUAAUGCAAAAUGUAUCAACACAAUUUUCAACUGUUAAAGACAAAUACUUGGAGGAAACAAUGCAACCUUUAGCUUUAGAAGAUAAAAAUAUUGAUAAAACAAAGCCUUUGUUUAAUUUAGAAGAGAUGAAACAAGAUAACCCAACAUUUUCAUCUGCUGAAGACAUGAAACCAAAUCUAUCAACAGCAUUUUCAAUUUUUGAAGAUAUAAAACCUGAGAUAUUAACAAUUUCAUCUUUGGAGAGUGAAAAACAAAAUGGUUUCAAAGCACAGCAACAACUUUCUUCCCCACCAGAUUCAACUGAUUUUAAAGAAAAUUUAGCAGUUUUAAAAUCAGAUCUUCAAAAUGAAUUAAAAGAACUCAAGUCAUUGCAUACAAAAUUGAUUGAUAAUCUCCCAACAGAAUAUCGGAUCAAUGAUAAGGGACUGAAGACAUACAAGUGCGAUAUGUGUUGUCAAAGAUUUUCCCAUUUUGAUCAUGUUAAACAACACAUAAACAUUCACACAAGGGUGAAUCCAUAUGGUCAUGAUUUUCAUCAGCAAGAAGUUGUUAUGAUCAGUCAGGGUGAACAGAUUAACAAAAUAAACCAAGAACAGGUAUACAAUAAGUCUAGUUUGUCUAAAAAGCUCACUACAAAGUCUAGUUUAUCCACACACACAAAUAUUCAUUCUGGAAUUAAUAAGCCAUAUGAAUGCUAUGUGUGUAAUAAAAAAUAUCAUAACAAAAAUUAUUUAGCAAACCAUAUAAAGAUACAUUUAGGAGAAAGUCCAUAUGAAUGUGGUGUGUGUCAUAAAAAGUUUACAAAGAAGAGUAAUUUAUCUAGCCAUGAAAUAGCUAUCCAUUCUAGUCUCAAGCCACAUAAAUGUGGUGUUUGUCAUAAAAGUUUUGCUCUAAAAUCUGCAUUAUCUAUGCAUAAAAAUAUUCAUUUACCAGAGAGACCAUAUGAAUGUGUUGUUUGUCAUAAAAGUUUUUCUCAUAAAUCUAAUUUAUAUAGACAUAAAAAUAUUCAUUUACCAGAGAAACCAUAUGAAUGUGAUGUGUGUCACAAAAAAUUUAGUCAGAAAGGACAUUUAUCAGAACAUAAAAAUAUUCAUUUACCAGAGAAACCAUAUGAAUGUGAUGUGUGUCACAAAAAAUAUAGUCAGACAGGACAUUUAUCAGAACAUAAAAAUAUUCAUUUACCAGAGAGACCAUAUGAAUGUGAUGUGUGUCAUAAAAAAUUUAAUCGUUAAGGUGAUUUAUCAGAGCAUAAAAAUAUUCAUUUACCAGAGAAACCAUAUGAAUGUGAUGUGUGUCACAAAAAAUAUAGUCAGAAAGGACAUUUAUCAGAACAUAAAAAUAUUCAUUUACCAGAGAGACCAUAUGAAUGUGAUGUGUGUAAUAAAAAAUUUAAUCAUAAAGGUUUUUUAUCUACACACAAAAAAAUUCAUUUACCGGAGAGACCAUAUGGAUGUGAUGUGUGCCAGAAAAAAUUUAAGAAUAAGGAGGAUUUAUCAAAACAUAAAAAUAUUCAUUUACCAGAGAGACCAUAUGAAUGUGAUGUGUGUCACAAAAAAUUUAAUCACAAACGUUAUUUAUCAGAACAUAAAAAUAUUCAUUUACCAGAGAAACCAUAUGAAUGUGAUGUGUGUCACAAAAAAUUUAAUCAUAAAAGUGGUUUAUCAAAACAUAAAAAUAUUCAUUUACCAGAGAGCCCAUAUGAAUGUGAUGUGUGUCACAAAAAAUUUAAUCAUAAAAGUGAUUUAUCAAAACAUAAAAAUAUUCAUUUACCAGAGAGCCCAUAUGAAUGUGAUGUGUGUCACAAAAAAUUUAAUCAUAAAAGUGAUUUAUCAAAACAUAAAAAUAUUCAUUUACUUAAUUUACCAGAGAGACCAUAUGAAUGUGAUGUGUGUCUUAAAAAAUUUAGUACUAAACGGAAUCUUUCAAAUCAUAAAAAGAUUCAUUCAGGAGAAAAACCAUUUGAAUGUGAUGUGUGUAAUAAAAAAUUUAAUCGUAAAGGUCAUUUAUCUACACACAAAAAAAUUCAUUUACCGGAGAGACCAUAUGGAUGUGAUGUGUGCCAGAAAAAAUUUAAGAAUAAGGAGGAUUUAUCAAAACAUAAAAAUAUUCAUUUACCAGAGAGACCAUAUGAAUGUGAUGUGUGUCACAAAAAAUUUAAUUAUAAAGGUCAAUUAUCAAUACAUAAAAAUAUUCAUUUACCAUUUAAUUAUAAAGGUCAAUUAUCAAUACAUAAUACAUAAAAUACAAUACAUAAAAACAUAUGAAUGUGAUAUGUAUCAUAAAAAAUUGAAGUAUAAAUGUAGUUUAUCAAUACAUAAAAAUGUUCAUUUACUAUAAUUUUAAAGGUGAUUUAUCAGAGCAUAAAAAUAUACAUUUACCAGAGAGACCAUAUGAAUGUGAUGUGUGUCACAAAAAAUUUAAUUAUAAAUGUAGUUUAUCUAAACAUAAAAAUAUUCAUUUACCAGAGACAAUAUGAAUGUGACAUUUAAUCAAAAUCUAGUUUAUCUAUGCACACAAAUUUUUACUCAGGACUUGAAUGUGUUGUUGGUCAUUAAAUUCUCUUUCACAAAGUUUUUUAAUUAUCUAUAUAUAAAAUUAUUGCUUUUGUACUAAUACCACAUUGUGGAGGCUAAAAACACACCAUUAAUGUUUGUCAUACAUGACAUAAUACUCUUCAUUUAUAGUAAUAUUUGUCAUACAAAGUAUUACUAAUGAUUAAUAUGCUAUCUAGACAUUUCACACACUGGAAGAAAAACUACAUGGAAAGAAUGGAUGUCAUGAAUAACCAUAGCACAUUUAUUAUCUUGUACAAGGUGUUAUGGCUAGCUUUGUUCAGGUUUUUUGGAAAAUAAGAUGGCUAAAUUCUUACCCUUUACAUUACCCAUACAAUUAAUACAAACCAUUAAUCAACACCAACAUUUUAAAUGUACAAUUAUAAUUUGAAUCAUUGAAGUAAUACUUACUCUAUAUUUUUCUAUAUUGAAUAUAAUUCAUUUUAUGCAAUUUUAAAUUUUGUAUAACUAAUUAUUUAACCCAUUAAGUUGAUCAUAAUUAUGAUAAUUGAAGUGAGCAACAAAAUGUAUUAAUUAAUGUAGCUGAAAAUGAUUAAAUUUUUAAGACAUAAGAUACAAUUUAUUAUUAUGAUUAUUAUUGAUGUUUAAUUUAUCUUUUUUUUUAAAGACAUAAUAAAUAUUUUCAGCUUUUAAUUAGCGUUAAUUCCGUUUUUUUGGGUUAUUAUGAUUGGAUCGGCUGUUAUGAUAUAUAGGUCUAGACCAGGGGUCUCCAAACUACGGCCCGCGGGCCAUAUGCGGCCCGCGAGGUCCUUUCAUCCGGCCCGCGGAGAUCUUUUUGUCCACGGAAAAAAUGUUUGCUGGUGAUGGCUGAGGAACUUUGCCCAGAAAAAUUAAAGACAUAUCUGGAAGAAACUGGCCCCGAACUGAAAUUUGAUAGCUAAUGCGGCCC